AAGGGUGAAAAAUCAAGAACUGAUAAGAGAGCAGCAGAGGUGGAAACGGAGGGGGUGGGCCGGGCAAAAUCCCCAAAGCUGAACUGGCAUUGAGGGAAUCGGAAUUGAAAUGGGAAUGGAGGAGGAGCGAAAGUCGAAGCGAUUCACGAAACAGUCGUUGACGGCGUCUUCGCCACAUAUAAACAAUCUGGACGAUGGCUGUCUCAUGCACAUCUUCAGCUUCCUAGCCCCGAUUCCAGAUCGGUAUAACACCGCCCUCGUUUGCCACAGAUGGCAUUUCCUGGCAUGUCAUCCUCGUCUUUGGCUGAGAGUAGAUCGGUCUGCCAAAGAUUUAUCUCAGCCUGGAGUUUUCCCCAACAUAGAAACAGCCGUCUCUACUGCAAGGCCUGGUGACACCAUUCUGAUUGCAGCGGGUGGGACUCAUCUGGCAUCUAAUAUUCAGAUUAAGAAGCCCCUUUGUCUGAUUGGUGGAGGUGAGCUUGCAGAUGAUACAAUACUUAUCUGUACCAGAGGUUCAGACAGUGCAUUGGAGUUCUUGUCUACCUGUAAAUUGGCAAACCUGACGGUGAAGGCGGAGCUGGGCUGUUGCUUGCUUCAUAGGAGUGGGAGGCUGAUUAUCGAUGGCUGUAUUCUCCAAUGCGAAUCCAAUCCCUUAGACCACCUUUCCUAUCCAAUAAUGAGCACAGCUAAUAGUUCUGAGGUAUUCCGGUCACUAGUUAAGGGUCGCGGUGAUGGUGUCUCGGUUUCUCGAACUCGUAUCGAAGGAGGCGCGAAAGCCGUUUUAACCAGUGGAACCCUCUCGCUGCAGCGGGUUCGAGUCAUUUAUGCUCGAACUUCGGUCUUUUUCUGGUUUGAUGUAGAACAGAUGCAGAGCUUUUCUGAAUGACCAAUCAGCUAUGCUUCAUUGUUGCAUUGUUUCUGUGUGGAUGGUAUGCUGUCGUGUUGGCUGUUUUUAUCUCUAGGAUAAACGUUUACUGUAUGGAUUUGGUGUAAAUUAUGGGGUUCACUAUGCCAUGAUUUAAUGGUUAAUCUACUUUUUCUGAAUCA